AUGAUCACUGCCAUUGCCACGUUAGUAAGCAUGGCUACUGCAAGACCAUCACUAAAUUAUUUGGAAAACCGCUUUUCCAUCGAGAACGAGUCUGAAGAAGUGCGUUCUGCAGCUAUCAAGAGGCUGCUGGAGGUGUUCGGGAUGGAGGAUGCUCCUCUCCUCCGGGGCGACAAGCAGCCGCCUCAGUACAUGGUCGACCUGUACAACACCGUCGCAGAUGUGGACGGCGUUACCAAGGAUCCCUACAUUCUGGAGGGGAAUACAGUGCGCAGCUUCUUCGACAAACUGCACAGUGAACAAAUUGAGUUCCUGUUCAACUUGUCUAUGGUGGCCAGGAGUGAGAAGGUUUUAACCGCGGAGCUUCAUCUCUUCAAGCUGCGGCCUCAGGCUUCGGCGACAUUCAACAGAUAUCACUUUUGUCAGGUCAGUGUCUACCAGCUUCUAGAUAGCAGGAAAAUGAACAUUACUCAGGGGAAGAAGCUGCUGUCUUCCAGACUGAUCCCUGUCCACUCCACUGGCUGGGAAGUGUUCACCAUUACACAAGCUGUGCGUUCCUGGAUGGCUGUUGAGGGCAGUAACCUGGGUCUGCUGGUGGCAGUGCAGACCCUGGGAGGAAGCCAGAUGGAUCAGAAGGUGGUGCGUUUUGCUUCAGGCCGUAAACACCAUGAGAGCAAGCAGCCCAUGCUGGUGCUGUUCACUGACGAUGGCCGCCGUGCUGCCGCUCUGGAGAAUACAGUCAAAGAUCCCAAUGAGACCCCAGCUGCCCCCAGCCUGCCUUCCCUCCCCAACGCUCCAGGCCUCCACCGCAGUGCCCGCUCCCUGGACUACGACGAGGACGGAGAGAAGAUGACGUGCCAGCGCCUGCCUCUCUACGUGGACUUUGAGGAGAUCGGCUGGUCCGGGUGGAUCGUGUCGCCCCGGGGGUACAACGCCUACCACUGUAAGGGCUCCUGUCCCUUCCCCCUGGGCCAGAACAUGAGACCCACUAACCACGCCACCGUCCAGUCCAUCAUCAACGCUCUGAAGCUGACUAAAGGCAUUGAGACGCCAUGCUGCGUGCCAGACAAGCUCUUCUCCAUCAACCUGCUGUAUUUUGAUGAUGAUGAGAACGUGGUGCUGAAGCAGUAUGAUAACAUGGUGGCAGGAAGCUGCGGCUGUCACUGA